AUUAUCUAAAACAUCGAUAGCAGUAACAGGGUUGCCAAGUCUACUACAUCUGCUGCUGCGCAGAAAUAAACAAAAUAGAAAACAUGGAUUGUGCACCGCUGAAUUUGGCGCAUUUCCAUGAACGCCGCUCCGAGCGUUUUAUUCGCAAUCAUCGCUAUGAAGACGCCAUUAAGGCUUUGGAAACGUCGCUAAUCUACAUGCAGGACGCUCAUAAGCGAGUCGCCCUGCCCAAAUCGAAGGAAGUGCUCGACACCCUGACGCUUGACUUUCAGCGAAAGCUGCGACAGAUUGAAAUGCGGAAAACGCAGCACGGGCUGACUAAAGUAAAGGAUUUUGUGCCACUGAAAGAGGCGUGCCCAAUGAUGCCUUUGCGGCAGGAAAACAGCGGCGGCGGCACAUCUUCAGCCCAAUCAGUUGCAAAGGCUAUUGACAAAACAGUGCAGGAAUUCGAUGCCAAGUUCAGUUCAACGGUAACAACCAAAUCUUCGACAGGGGACUGUGAGCCCCAAAUGGAGAUGCUGUCCAGAAGUGAUCCCCAGAGAUCUGGACUUGAAGAUCAAUGCCAGAGCAGACUGGAGCGAUCCGAUGAUCUGGAUAUGCCUUCACUGGCACCCCUAGAGCUGCCCUUGUUCGAUUACAGCAUGUUUUGCAGCUCCUCGGCUCCAUCGUUGGUCAGCUAUGCGGGCAUGGCCGAGAGCUUUCAGAAAUAGAUUCAAUUAUGUGAUAAUUAUAAUUAUAAUAUUAAUUUUUAAUGUUCUA